AUGUCUGAAAACAACUGUUCCAAGCCGUCAUUCCCGGACAAUGCAGCGAGCAAGGAGUAUGCUGCCUCUCUGGACGCAGCAGAUCCACUGGCUUCAUUCCGUGACCAAUUCAUCAUCCCUUCCAAAGCGAACAUAGCCUGCAAGAGGCUCGCUAAGCCAAAUCUCUCUCCGGAGCCAUGUAUCUACUUCUGCGGAAACUCUCUUGGAAUCCAGCCAAAGGCAACUGCCAAAUACCUGGAAGCACAGCUGGACACAUGGUCAUCCAUUGGAGUCUGUGGUCACUUCACCAACCUUGAGGACUCCCCGAUGAAGUCGUGGCAGCUCCUUGCAGAGCAGGCCGCUGAAUCGAUGUCCAAGAUCGUUGGCGCAGACCCUGCAGAAGUUGCAGCCAUGGGAACUCUCACGGCCAAUCUCCAUCUGCUGAUGGCGAGCUUCUAUAAGCCUACCGCAACCAAGCAUAAGAUCCUGAUGGACUGGAAAGCCUUUCCCAGCGACCACUAUGCUAUUGAGUCGCAUAUUGCGUGGCACAACCUGGAUCCGAAGGAAUCCAUGGUCCUCAUUGGCCCUGAUGAGGGAGAAUACGAAAUCUCCACGGAUAAGAUCUUGUCGUACAUCGACCAGCACGCAGAAGAUGCCGCGCUCCUGCUUCUCCCCGGAAUCCAAUAUUACACUGGCCAAUUGUUUGACAUCCCCAAAAUUACCGAGUAUGCAAAGUCACGCAACCUCGUUGUUGGGUGGGAUUUGGCUCACGCGUACGGAAACGUCGAACUAAAGCUGCAUGACUGGAACGUGGACUUUGCUGCAUGGUGCACAUACAAAUAUGGCAAUGCCGGACCCGGGGCAAUGGCUGGACUCUUCGUUCACGAUAAGCAUGGCCAGGUUGAUUAUAGCCAGGGAGAGGAUUCUCCUAAAUUCCGCCACCGUUUGACGGGCUGGUACGGCGGAGAUAGAUCCGUGAGAUUCAAGAUGGAUAACAAGUUCAAGCCUAUCCCGGGAGCUGGUGGCUUCCAGAUCUCGAACCCCUCGGCCAUUGAUCUUUCCUGCCUGUGCGCAGCCCUGUCGGUGUUUGAUCAGACGUCCGUGUCGGAGCUGCGUCGAAAGUCCCUAAAAUUAACUGCGUACCUCGAAUACCUCCUCCUGAAAGAUACCACGGAAGACUCCCGACCCUUCCGGAUCAUCACGCCCACAAACCCGGAGGCAAGAGGUGCUCAACUGAGCCUGUUGCUUAAGCCUGGAUUGCUGCAGGGCGUAUCGGAGAGGCUGCAAGACGCAGGUAUCAUCUGUGACAAACGGGAACCUGGUGUUGUCCGCGUCGCCCCCGUUCCUUUAUACAAUACUUACUCUGAGGUGUGGGAAUUCGUACAGCAGUUCAGAGCUGCUUUGCAGCUCUAG